CUGUUCCCUGUUUGUUCUCGGAGCUGCUGGAACAUUUUGUUAGUGAAGCUCGCGAGUUUCUUCCGAAUACCGUGAACCUUUUUUAGAAGAAAGAAAAAGAGAAAGGAACGACGGCCAGUUUAAUAGUCCAGAGUUAAAGUAAUGAAAGAUAAACACGCACCAUGCCUACUUUCAACAAAGAAAAAGAAGAAGUUAUGGAAAUUUGCAACGGGAAGAAGAGGAGAAAGGUAAGCGGGGGUGUGCGAGACUGCAGAAGGAGUGUGGUCGGGAAGAUGAGGCGAGCCGCUGGGAAAGUCCUCCGCUCGCUCUUGGUGGAGGACAACAACCACCACACCGAGUCCAUGGAGGAAGACGAUGAUUAUUUCUGUGUCAGCUUCCUGCGGAAUGGGCGCAUGAAGCCCGGCUCGGCGGUGUCCCCCCGGUACAACCUGGUCCGGGAGGUCGGCCGGGGAAGCUACGGGGUGGUGUACGAGGCUGUAUCCCGAAAAACGGGAGCCACGGUGGCGGUGAAGAGACUCCAGUGCGACGCUCCAGAGAACGUGGAGCUGGCUCUGGCCGAGUUCUGGGCCCUGACGAGCCUGGAGAACCGACACCAGAACGUAGUGCAGCUGGAGGAGUGUGUCCUGCAGAGAAGUGGCCUGGCCCAGAAGAUGAGUCACGGCAACAAGAGGUCCAAGCAGUACCUGCGUCUGGUGGAGACGUCACUCAAAGGGGAGCGGAUCCUGGGUUACCCGGAGGGGCCGUGUUACCUCUGGUUCGUCAUGGAGUUCUGUGAGGGUGGAGACCUCAACCAGUACAUCCUGUCCCGCCGGCCCGAUCCCCAGACUAACUGCAGCUUUAUGCGUCAGUUGACGAGUGCUGUAGCGUUUCUACACAAGAACAACAUCGUCCACCGCGACCUGAAGCCAGACAACAUUCUCAUCUCACAGAAAUCUGGUACACCUGUUCUCAAAGUUGCCGACUUUGGCCUCAGUAAAGUUUGUGCCGGUCUAAAGCGCAAUAUCAGUGAAGAGCACCCGGCAACAGGAGCAGCUGGCAGAGGCAGCAACCAGAACAACAUCAACAACAUAAACAAGUACUGGUUGUCAUCAGCUUGUGGCUCAGACUUCUACAUGGCCCCCGAGGUGUGGGAGGGUCACUACACGGCCAAAGCUGAUAUCUUCGCCCUGGGCAUCAUCAUCUGGGCAAUGCUUGAGCGGAUCACAUUCAUCGAUGCAGAGUCCAAGCGUGAGCUGCUGGGCACCUACAUACGGCAGGGCACAGAGAUUGUACCUGUUGGUGAGGCUCUGUUGGAGAACCCUAAGAUGGUUCUUCACAUCCCUCAGAGAGCCAGAAGCUCCAUGUCUGAGGACGUGAAGAAACUGCUCCAGGACAUGCUCGCGGUCAACCCUCAGGACAGACCAGACGCCUUCCAGCUGGAGGUGCGGAUGGACCAAGUCACAUGUGCAGCGUGACGGCCACCACCUUUUCCAACUUCUCUUUAUUUUUUUGUAACUCUAACCAGUCAACGAAGGGACCUCUUUGUUUCCCAGCUUUGUUUACUACAUAGACCUGGACGCCGAUGGAAAAAGGGCCUCUAACAACAAACUGAACUGUGAACGAUCCACAGUUUUUUGGGAAGUGACGGUUGAACUGAUCCACCGCUGAUCGCCGUCACCAUGGAGCUCUGUGGAGCUUUAACUGAGGAGAAUUUCAGUAUCUGUGAGACUUUGUCAUGGUUUUUUUUUACCGGUCACUCUUAACUGGCAAAGGUCACACGACUGGAUUGUGUCAGUGUCAUUGUGACGAUGGUGGGAAGAGCAGACGACACUUCACUGCUCCGUACAACCUUGUGCCUUAAAACACGACUCACAAAGUGCGAAUGGAUUUUAUGUGUAACAGUGGAAGCACACGUAAUGUGACACCCCGAAAGAGUUUGAAACUACUUUUCCUAGAGGUUAGUGUUUGCAGAAACGAGCAGUUGACCAACAGACACUUUGGUUUUCAGUGAUGUCACACUUUUUAAAUAAUACCCAACCAGUGAUGCAAUGAUGUCAGGUUAGAAUGUGACUGUGUGGUGACUUUCCACAUUUGUUCAUGUCAAGAAAAUGUUACAAGGACGUUUCACGACACCAGGCAGAGGCAGAAUUAAUGUGAAUAAUCUUUAUUUAGUGUGGAAGGGGGCACGUUAAGUGUCACCAUACAUCAGUUGUAUUGUUUCUGUUGAAUCCAAAGAGAGUAUCUGAUGGACAAAUCUGUCUGUCAUCACUGCAAAGCUUACAAUAAACAUUUUUCUUUUUUUACUUAAGUUCAUACUACAGGAUUUUUAUUCGGAUGCCAAAGAGUUUUGCAACUUGUGAGCAAUCGCCCCCUAAACUCUGAAAUGUGUCUGUUGAAACACAUUUCCCAGGCAUCACAGACAUCACUGAACUUUGACCAAGUCUGUGACGCUUCCUGUCACCACAAGCGAUCAGGUGUCGACGGCUGGAACUGUAAUAAGAAAAUCAUGGAUUCAUCAGAGACAGGAGACAAAGAGGAAACAGAGGAAUUCACGCAUCAUUCCCGUAUCGCGUCACUUCUCGCGUGUUUGUGACCACAUGUGUUUUUCGUGUGCGACCUCAACUCACAGGUCACUCGCGUCGUGUGAACUCACAGCGAGUCCUGAUCACAAGACAGUAAGUCAUGUGAUGCAGUUUGAACCAAGAAACAACGGUGAUGAUUUGAUGUACUAACAGUUUUGCAGUGAAUGUUUUUUUUUUUUAUUUACUUUAAGGGAUUGGAUGAUUGUGUCAUAUGAGAACUACCUGUAGAAAGAGUUUCUGUUUGUUGUGUUGUGAAUAACGGGUGUCUUUGUGGGAACAGUGACACCAGAGUAGUACUGAGCCGCCUUUGCCUGUUUCUUUGCUGAGUAUCUGAUUCAAGAACACUCACAGGAAAUUUGAAGAUUUACCAGCUGGAAAUCAUCCCUGAAAGCAGUCACGGAAAAGCCAUCCUUACUGUCCCCCUCCCUCCUCCCCGUCUUUACGGAAGCGCUUCAUAUUCUUUGCAGUGGUCACUGUGGUCAAGUAUCACAGAGACAUUGAAGCAACGACAGCAAGAACAUGAAGCUUAAAUGCACAGAAUAAUAAAAAACAAGUGGUAACAGGUUGUGAAGUCACAUGAGAAUCUUUUGAAGCUGAGAGAAUGACUGUUUUCCAGCGCCAUGUUCCUAUUGGACAACACCAGCUGUCACUCACACUGGCGUCCACUCAUGUGCUGCGUCUGUUUUACUUUAAAUGGAAAGAUCAUUUCCAAACUCCACACUUUCUUCUAUUGAAGGAGACAUGAGACUUGCAAUGGAGGCCAUUAACUCCUCAGGGAAAUGUCUCCCAUAGUUCUUGAAUUCUUUUUGUGAGCGUCCCCUGGUGGCUUGUUGGCUUCGGGAUGAAACUGGAAGACUCAGUCAUUGUUUCAGGAGGUAGUCAAAAAAAGAAAUGCUAAUCCUGGAAGAGGGAACGUAUACG